CUUUUUCACUUGAAUAUAUCAUUUCGGAAGGGUUAGUAAACAUGUCGCACCCAAAACCCCUAGGAAAAACUUUCACGGUAGCGGCCUCUACCAGCGAUGUCCGAUCUCCGUCGGUUGAUCUCUCAACGCUGUCCCGCUUCAAGGACCUGUCGCUAUCCGGACUGCAGUUCGUCAACGAAAGUGCCCUGCAAAACUCGGACAAUCCCGCCAAGGACAGUGGCAACGAGAGUGAGAGUGAAAUCGAGCUGGCCGGUUAUCGCCGGAUUCGUACCGUUGGCCAGGGCUCGUUCGGAAUAGCCGUGCUGUAUGAACGGUUGGCAGAGGGUCAGUUGGUGGUUAUGAAGCAGAUCAACCUGUCAGAUUUGACCCGGUCGGAGCGGGAUUUAGCGAUGAACGAGGUGGAGGUGUUUUCAAAGCUGCACCACCCUAAUAUUAUUGCGUACUUGGGAAGCUCCGUUCGUGGGGAUUUUCUGUUUAUCGAGAUGGAGUACGCCGACGGAGGGACACUUUCGCAGGUUCUGAUCGAGAAGAGUCAUGGAGAGAGGUUGCCAGAACGGUUCAUACUGAACAUAUUUGAACAGAUUACGAGUGCGAUCAAUUAUAUGCACUCGCAAAACAUACUGCAUCGUGAUCUAAAGACGGCCAAUGUGUUUCUAAACAAGCGAGGGAUCGUCAAAAUUGGAGACUUUGGAAUUUCCAAGAUCAUGAAUACCAAGAUCCAUGCGCAGACCGUUCUAGGGACGCCGUAUUACUUUAGUCCGGAAAUGUGCGAAGGAAAGCAAUACGACGAAAAGAGUGACAUUUGGGCCCUGGGAUGCAUUUUGGGUGAAGUUUGCUGCUUCAAGAAGGCAUUUACCGCGUCCAACCUGUCCGAGCUGGUGGCCAAAAUCAUGACCGCCAAGUAUGUUCCCCUUCCAGAGGGAUACUCCGACACGUUGAAGCACGUACUCAGCUUGAUGCUUCAGAUUGAUCCGCAAGAUCGGCCAUCAGCUACGGAGCUGCUCCAGUACUGGAUCCCCCUGAUCUACCGGAAUCUUGGGAAGAACAAUGGAUUUAAAUACGUUUCAAACGAUUACUUCGACGGGUCCCUGAUGAAUCACGACAACUCGAAGACGGUCUUCCUCGUGGGAACCGCAACGCGAGAUUACAUGGAUGCUUCGACGGCUACCAUGAACAACCUCCCCUUGGUAGAACGAUCCGUGCUCUACCAACUGAAGUCCUUCGGAUCAUCUACCAACCUAAGUCCUCUACAAUUACCACCAACUGGCAAGAUUCGCCAAUUGGCGACCCAAGGAACCCACUUCGUCGUAGUAAUGUACGACGGUUCCGUGUACACCUGGGGUGAAGGCAACAAGGGUCAGCUGGGUCACAACGCGCUGGAAACGUGGCGCCAUUAUCCGACGAAAAUCGAAUCCAUCCGAAGGUACAACGUAGUGGGAGCAGCUACCGGAAACGGUUUCACUCUGCUCUGGACCGACUUGGGUGUGGUUCUGAGCUGCGGGGACAACACCGAGGGAUGCUUAGGUCAUGGAAACACCAUUUCGCUGUUGAUCCCCAAAAUUGUUCACAAACUGACCAAUAUGCGGAUUGUUCAGAUUGCUUGCGGGGAACACCACGUGGUUGCGCUUUCAGACGAGGGUGAUUUGUUCACUUGGGGCACCAGUAACGAGGGAGCGUUAGGUCUUGGGAAGCACAUGUUGAGCAGUAAUGAGCCACGGAGGCUUAUUGUUUCCCAGAUGAUACAGAACAUCCGGCAGAUCAGCUGCGGACCUGAUUGCACGGUUGUGCUUACGGACGGCGGAUUCUGCUACUGCUGCGGAAGCAACGGGUUUAAUAAGUUGGGAUUUGGCACGAAGCUUUCGCAGCUGCACGGGCUUCAGAAGGUUUCGUUUAUAACGCAGAAGGUGCUGGCCGUGAGCGUUGCGGAAACGUUUGCAGCGUUUCUGAUCGAAGGUGGUUAUGUGGUCACCGCGGGAGAUAACUCGAGUGGUCAGCUUGGUUUGGGUCACACCAACGAACAGCUGGAACCCACUUUGCUGAAGAGUUUGAUGCCUCGUUUCGUUACGAAAAUCAAAUGUCACUCAACGUACACGAUCGCAACGACGGAUGACAAUUGUGUAGUGUUUUGGGGCACAAGACUUGGUAUUCCUGAAACGGAUAUCAACAACGCUCCAGUCGAGUCUGCAACACACUAUCUUGGUGGCAAGGUGUCCGAACACUCAUCAAUUGGUAACAGUACUGCAGCUUUCACAAACUUUUUAACAUCAGUUUAUAAAUAUGAAACUAUUCUGGAUCCGAUUGAUAUUUUGGCACUCUAUUCCUCAAAAGAUCAACAAACCAAAGGUAGUUACGUGAAAUUGAUCGAUGUACAACCCCUUCUACACAGCGUCCUGAUAGUCGUUGAUACAACUUGUCCCUUAAUAUAAGAAGCUCGUGUUUAUUGAAACCAACUUUUGAAUAUCUUUAUUGUUUCAGUCCAAUGAUAUUUACAGUUCAUGUUAUUUCGAGACACUUCAGCACGUUUGAAAAUUAUAUAAAUAAAUACAGUUGAAAGCAAAA